AUGGCAGAGGCCCCCGCAUCCCUUCGCGAAGCUAGGGCCCUAUACCAAGGACGGGCGACCCGCAAAGAGUUCGUGAGCGAGGACCGGGCGCGCAAGCUUCGCUUUUACGCUGGGGCAGUGACGAGCGUCAGGCGCGACAAGAAGGGCAUAUGGUAUCUUGUCAGGUACGAGGACAGCGACUCGGAGGAACUCUUGUGGCACGAGCUGGUGGGGACGCUGGUGGACAAGUCAGCAGCCGAGGAAGCUGCUUGGCAGCACCUCGCCGGCAGGGUGGGCGGCGGCGCGCAGGCCGCCUCACCGGCGGAGCCAGCCAUGCGCGUCAAGCGGGAGCGCGAGCAGGCGCAGGAGGCUGGGGAGGAGGAGGAGGGGGAGGACAGGACCAACGGCAGCGGGCAGGACCAGGCCGAGCGCCGUGGGGCCGGCGGUCGUGGCGCGAGCAAGCAGGCGCGCCGUGGGCCAGGUGCGGCUGAGCAGGGAGUUUCGCCGCGGUCGGCGCCCCGCGAGGAGCAGCAGCGGGGGCAGCAGCAGGAGCAGCAGCAGCAGCAGCAGCAGCAGCAGCGGUCGCGGCGGCGGUCGGCCCGCGGCAAGGGGGAGCAGCAUCAGGAGGAGGAGGAGGGCAGCGGUGGCGGCGGUGGCGGCAACCCAAUGGAAGAAGACAGCGGAGGCAGCGAUGGCGCCGCCGCCCCGCCGCCGGGCCGCCACGGGGCGGUACGGCCGCCCCCACAGCCGCGCCGCGGUAGCGGGGCGGCGGCAGCCAAGAGGCGGCGGUCAGAAGAGCAAGCUUCGGAGCAGCAGCAGGAAGAGGAGGAGGAGGAACUGGACGCGUCGGGCGGCCCCGGCAGCGACGCUGACGAGGACGAGCGCAUCGAGCAAGCCGUGCGCGCCCGCAACGCCGGCGGCGCGGCGCGCGCGGGCGCGGUGCGGGGCAAGGGGCUGGCGGGGCACGUCAAGAGCGUGAAAGUCCAGAACUUCAUGUGCCACGAGAACUUUGCGAUGGAGUUCGGCUCCCACGUCAACUUCAUCAGCGGCACCAACGGCAGCGGCAAGUCCGCGAUCCUGCAGGCCCUGCAGAUCUGCCUCGGCGCGACGGCGCGCGAGACGGGGCGCGGCAGGAGCGUGCGGGAGCUCAUCCGCAGCGGCGCCAGCGAGGCCAAGCUGGCGGUCACCCUCUGGAACACGGGCGACGACCGGUUCAGGCCCGCAGCUCCGUACCCCAAGGAGCUCGGCGACUGGGUGACGAUAGAGCGCGUCAUUAAGGCGACGGAGGGCGGCGGCGGCGGCGGCGGCGCCGGCGCCGGCGUCAACACGACGUGGAGGGUGACGGGCGAGAGGUGCGGGCGCGUGGCGGGCGCGAGCAGGAAGGCGCUGGUCGACCCGCUGCUGGACCACCUGAACGUCGCCGCGGAGAACCCGCUCUGCGUGAUGACGCAGGUGCGCCCCCUGUUUGAGGUCUAG